AUGGCGUCAGAUGUUGUCCUAACUUCGAUUGGCAAAUUAACAGAGGAGCAAAUUAUAGAAUGUAAGGCAGCUUUCCGUCUGUUUGAUAAAGAUGGUGACGGUACUAUUACAACACAUGAGAUAGGCGUUGUCAUGAGAUCAUUAGGGAAACACCCAACAGAUGAAGAACUGAAGAAAAUUGUAGAUGAGAUUGAUAUAGAUGGAGAUGGAACAGCGACUUUUGAGGAAUUUUUGGUCAUAAUGACAAAACAGCUAUGCUCGAAGGAAACUGCUACAGAUAUUCGAGAGGCCUUUAGGGUUUUCGAUAAAGAAGGAAAAGGUUAUCUCACAGUAUCAGAGUUUCAGCACAUCAUGGGAAAUCUUGGAGAGAAAAUGACCUGGGAAGAAACGGAGGAGAUGGUAGAACUGGUUGACGGGGAUAGUGAUGGCAAAAUCUCUUGUGACGAUUUCUUAAGAAUAGUUACUUCGACAGAGUAAAGCUGAUUUUGCUAAAUUGAUUGGUUGAGCAAAAUAAUUAGCUUGAGUAUGGUGUAGCAAUAUUUCUUGAUUAUAAUGGAAUUAAAAAGAGGUUAACGCACGCUGACAGUUUCAAAAGUCUUUCAAUGAAAUUGGAUUAAAACGAAUUUCGUAAUUUAACAAAACGAAAUAGAAAUGUGAGCAACGCAAAUGUUGAACAACAUAUUAUAUACACUAUUUUUUUUCAGUAUAUUUUUGGCGGGAAAAUUAGCAAUCCUCGAAAAAAUUGAGAUGGAGAUAGAUCAUACACAAAGUAUAAACUCUUUUUUUUCUGUUCGGUCAUUGAAUAAAUAUAAAAAAAAUGUUGAUUUUCUGUACUC